AUGGGCAAAAGUGCAAAAUUCUAUAAGCGUCCUUCAAAGAAAGAAAAGGAAGGCAUUGUGUUAAAGAAGCUCGUUGAACCUUCUACGAUCUCAAAAAAGAAAGAAAAGACGAUCUCUAUUCCAGCCGACAUGUUUAAACCACAAAAGACAGAAAAUGCAAGCGAAGACAUUGACAUGACAGAAAACACAUCAAAACCCAAGAAGGAAAAGAAGGAAAAGCAACCUGAAUUACCAGACUAUGUAGAUUUGUUUUCUGGCAAAAAAACAUAUAAAAAGAUUCCCGGUAAAAGAAAACAGUAA